GGGUGCGUGCGUGGUGGGGGAAAUCAGUAAAGAAUCGUGGACACUGGCGUCGUUAGUUCGUAUGCACGAUCCUACAGAGAGCGCUUCGCACUUGGCCGGCUAAAAGCGGCCCAUAACACCUCUCCAUUUCUCUGCUGGCAAGAUCCUGUUCAUGAGUAUACACAAUGAGUUCGUAUAUACGCAACAGCAACUUGACGUAGUGAACGUCUAAUUUGGCAAUGAAGUGCUAUGUUCAGUAGUUGGUGAAGUGGCAACUCAAGAGUACGUUGUUAAAAUACAUUUAAAAACGUUGUAAUUUUUGAAUACUGCGAGCAAAAACUAGAGCGAACUGUUUUUGCUUUGUGUGAAAGAGCAUGCCACAAUUUCAUAAGAUAGAGAUCAAUAGAACGGAAUGGGAGGUACCGGAACGUUAUCAAAUGCUCACACCCGUAGGUUCGGGUGCUUAUGGUCAAGUGUGUUCUGCUGUUGAUACAACUACCGGACAAAAAGUGGCAAUCAAAAAAUUAGCUAGGCCAUUUCAAUCAGCUGUGCAUGCAAAACGGACGUAUAGGGAACUUCGUAUGCUGAAACAUAUGAAUCAUGAAAAUGUAAUAGGACUCUUGGAUGUCUUUCAUCCUUCUUUAUCUUUAGAAGAUUUUCAGAAUGUGUACUUAGUUACACAUUUAAUGGGAGCUGAUCUAAACAAUAUUGUAAGAACACAAAAACUUUCUGAUGAUCAUGUGCAAUUUCUUGUCUAUCAAAUACUUCGUGGUUUGAAAUAUAUUCAUUCUGCUGGAAUUAUACACAGGGAUUUGAAACCAUCUAACAUAGCUGUCAAUGAGGAUUGUGAGUUGAAAAUAUUGGAUUUUGGCUUGGCCAGGCCUACAGAACAUGAGAUGACUGGCUAUGUUGCUACUAGAUGGUACAGAGCACCCGAAAUUAUGCUUAAUUGGAUGCAUUAUAAUCAGACAGUUGAUAUUUGGUCAGUGGGAUGUAUUAUGGCAGAACUGUUAACUGGCAGGACAUUAUUUCCUGGAACAGAUCAUAUUCAUCAACUGAACUUAAUUAUGGAAAUUUUGGGAACUCCACGAGACGAGUUUAUGAAAAAAAUAUCAUCAGAAUCGGCCAGAAAUUAUAUUCAGAGUUUACCUCCACUGAAGAAAAAGAAUUUUAAGGAUGUAUUUCGAGGAGCUAAUCCUUUAGCUGGUCGCAAGCAGAUCAUACCAAACAGAUAUGUAUUGUCUCGAGCUCAAUGCGUUGCAGACGCUAGAGCGCCUAUUAAUUUGUUAGAAUUAAUGUUGGAACUGGAUGCUGAAAAAAGAAUUACCGCUGAACAGGCUUUAGCGCAUCCGUACUUAGCACAAUAUGCAGAUCCAACUGAUGAACCCGUUUCUCUACCAUAUGACCAAAGUUUUGAAGAUAUGGAUUUGCCAGUGGAAAAAUGGAAGGAACUCGUAUAUCAUGAAGUUGUAAACUUUACUCCACAACAGCCAUCAGCAUUGCCUUCGACAUUAGAAACGACUUCGUAAAAUUAUAUAAUUCGAAAAUACAAUAUAGGUUUGAAUAUAAUAAAAUAUAUCAGUAAUAGAAUAGGUAAUAUAUAUGAAUGAUAUAGUGUCUUGUAAUUGGUGAUAUAAUUGAUGAGAUAAUCACCUAUAAAAAAUAAAAGU